AUUUAUUUAAAAAAUGUUGAAAUAUUGUAUAUUUAUUGCUUUCUUACAUCUUUUGUCCUUUUCGACAUCAAAUGGCUUUCCAGUGAAUCUUGAAGCAUCUACAAAAAUAGCACAAACGAGAAGUUUCGUACAAUUUGGAAAUAAUGACAGAAUUGCAGGAUCCGUCGAUAAUGGGAUUUAUGGCAAUGUGGAAGGAAUCGAAGGCAAUCCGAUCUUUCAAGGACACCAGAACAAUGGUCAAGUGGUAGCUUCGUCGACAAAUCACCAAAAUUUGAUGCUCGGAAAUGAAGAUAUGGUCAUCCAGAGCGAUAUGGAACAUAUGAAUUCACAUGAUCAAAUUGGUGGUGACUAUUUGUACUGGGAAUGA